AUGGCCACUAAAAACAGUGGCCCAGUCGUGGCCUCUGUGGCAUUAGAAGAGGGGGAUGCAGAAAAGGUGGCCAGCCACACCGCUGAUCUGACCUCCGUCUCAGCCGAUGCAGGGCCACCAUACACCGUUUUCAGCCUGCGCACCCGCUGGCUAAUCGUGGUCCUUCUCGGCUAUUUGGGCCUGGCCUCGACGCUGACGGCCAACAUCUACUUCCCGCUGCUAGACCUCUUGGCGGCCCGUUACGCCGUCUCGCCCCAGGCCAUCAACCUGACGAUCACGCUCUACUUUGUCGUCCAGGGCAUCGCGCCGUCUUUCUGGUCGCCGCUGUCGGACCGCGUCGGCCGCCGGCCCAUCUUCCUGGCCACCUUUAUCGUCUACACGCUGGCAUCAGCCGGCCUUUCUGCCGCCCCCAGCAACAGCUACGCGGUCCUGCUCCUGUUGCGGGCCAUGCAGAGUGUUGGCGCAUCCGCGGUGCUGUCCAUGGCAUACGCAGCCGUGGCCGACGUGACCGUGCACACCGGCCGCGGGUGCUUCCUGGCGCCCAUGAUGACGGCCGUCAACAUCGGCACCUGCGUCGGGCCCGUGGUCGGUGGCGCGGCCGUGUUGCGCUCGGGCGACCCGCGCUGGUGCUUUCGCACGCUGCUGGCGUUUGGCGCCUCAGGCUUUCUCCUCAUCGGUCUGGCGCUGCCCGAGACGGCACGGUCUGUCGUCGGCAACGGCUCGACGGCUGCACGGGGCCUGUGUCGGACCUGGUGGUCUAUGGCACACAUACACGCGAGGCCGUCCCGAAUCAAGGCCACCUCCAAAGGCCAGACGAGGCGCUGCACUUUCUGCGUUCAGACGUCCAUCUCGCCCGCCUUUUCGCGCAUCUACGGCUUCGACCCGCUGCAGGUCGGCCUCUGCUUCCUAGCUGGUGGUGCUGGAAUUCUGGCCGGUGGCCUCAUCGCCAGUCGGCUGCUCGACCACAACUACCGCCACAUGGCACGCAACUGUGGCCUGCCGGUCGAUCGUGUCCGCGGCCUCGACAGCGUCGCGCACUUUCCGCUGGAACAUGCUCGCACGCACGGAUCUGUGCGCAUCCUGACGAUCUCGCUGGCCGCCGUCGUCGGCUACGGCUGGGUUCUCGACCAGCCGCAUGGCCACAUCCAUCCAGCCGUACCGCUGCUCCUGCAGGCCUUUCUCGCCUGCAAGUGCACCAUACUGCUACAGACCUACAGCGCACUCGCCGUCGACGUGUUCCCCAAGAGAACCGGCACCGCCGCUGCCGCCAAUAAUAUCACCCGCUGCCUGCUGGCGGCUGGCGCUGUCGCUGCGCUCGAUCCGCUGGCACAGGCACUCGGCUACGGCUGGGUCUUCACGCUUCUGGGACUGCUAGAUGCCGUCGCCGGCGUGGCUGCCGUUCUGGCGCUGCGCCGCUGGGGACCGUUGUAG